AUUAAAGACUUCCUUCUCCUGGAGAUCCUCAUGCAACCUCUCUUCAUACCGUGUGGAGUGAUGACUUGUGUGUCAGUCCCAGCCCCCAUACCCUAUAAAACUACAGAAUGUGGAUCGGAGAAUGGUGUGUCUUUGAGUGAUGCUUGGUCAGAGGCUGAGCAGGAGAAGCAGAAACUAAAUUCUGCAGAACUGCCAGCACUGGUGCACCUGUCCUAGACCGACACUCCCACUUUUUGAGAGACAGAACUUGUACUUGUCCCAAUCCAGACCUUUAAGUCAGAGGGAAAAUGGGCAACAUGGCUACAGAAAUCACUGCGUUUUUCCUAACCAUCUCUGGAUGGAUCUUGGUGUCAUCUACUCUGCCGACAGACUACUGGAAGGUAUCUUCUGUGGAUGGUACGGUCAUUACCACAGCUACCUUCUGGUCCAACUUGUGGAAAACAUGUGUGACAGAUUCCACUGGUGUGUCAAACUGCAAGGACUUUCCUUCAAUGCUGGCUUUGGAUGCGUACAUCCAGGUGUGUCGGGGUUUGAUGAUCGCUGCUGUGAGUCUGGGUUUCUUUGGUGCCAUUCUUGCCUUGGUAGGAAUGAAGUGCACAAAAAUAGGAGGCUCAAAGACCACUAAAGCUCGGUUGACUGUCCUGUCAGGCUUCCACUUUAUUCUUAGUGGCCUCUGCUGCAUGACGGCAUGCUCCAUAUAUGCUCGCAGGAUCACAGCUGACUUCUUUGACCCCCUAUUUGUUGCCCAGAAGUUUGAGCUGGGAGCCGCUCUCUUCAUUGGCUGGGCUGGAUCUGUAGCUGAAUACUCCUACAGUGGAGCUGCAUCUUUUCCGACAACAUGCAACAAGACCAGUAAGCCAGCCCAGAGGCCAAACAAGGAAACACAGGAGCCAUUGAGGCAGUUUGGAAGAAAUGCAUAUGUGUGAAACUGGACUCUUGUUACACGAGUUGAUUUGAGAAUUUAACAACAUUUCAUCAUUUAAAACCAAGGACAGCAUCCUCCAAAAUGAACUAAUCUGCAUCUGUGGGAAGAUAAAAAGUGAGCUAAUCUGGGAUAUAGUUUACAAAUUUGAUUUAGUGUUCAGAUUUAAAUAUGGCUGCCUCAUUUCUGUCAUAAACUCGAUUAUGAAACAUAAGCAUUGAGAGUAGGACAUUUAAUUUGACAUAACAUGACAUUCAAAGUCUUUAAUCACCUUUAACAAACUGGCUUUUUCACCAUCUUAUGGAUUGUUAAAACAUGUCAAAAAUUGAUAGUGAAACCUUUUGUUUUCUUACAUUUUCUUAAAUGUUUUAUAACUAACCAUUGGCAUACUAUGACUGAUCCAUAAAUUAAGUAAAUGAAUUAACUGCUCCAGCUCACAACGAUACAAAUGUCUUCUUGUUAAAAAUGAGCAUUUUGGUACUUUUUCCUAAAAGCCUGCAUAACUUAUAGUAGUUUUAUCUUUGUAUAAUUUACCAUCCCUACAACCAAAUAAUACGUGGAAGAAGUGCCUUUCUAAUUUUCCUAGUCUAGACUAGUUUGACCUCCAAGGCUAACUAGGUCACAUCUGACCCCGGAGAUGCUUAUGUAGAUGUGGACGCCCAACCGGAGGUUUCCCGUCUUAUCAGCCAUCCAUCUCCACCUAGGAAUAUAGGAACCCUGGGCUAUGUUACGCAAAACCUCUUGGCCCAGAGGGUAGAUACUUGAACCAGCUGACAGAGCGUAGAUGUCAUGUGCUUUCCACUGCUUUGCAUCUGCAAAAAAAUAGUCAGGUGUCCAGGGCUCAGCAGAAGGGUGGCUUUGUGUGGUUGUAUGUCUCCUGUGUUAAAAUGAUAAAUACAUUUUAGCUGGAACUCUCUUGAAAUUCUUAAAAAAAAAAAGUUGACAAAUAUCAACAGCUUGCAAUAGCUUUUGUCUAAACUAAAAUCAUUACAACUACACAUUUCAAAAGAAACUGUUGUAUCCUGAAUGUCUGUGACUGAGAAUCAUUCAGUCAUCUAAGUUAUGGUAGUCUUCAG